CCGCAAACGGACCUCAUCGUGAUGGACAGCGAUGAAGGAUCUGAGCUCUAUGCCUCCGACGUCGAGCACAACCAUGCUUCCAACAUCUUCAGAGAAUUUGAAUCUGACGGUCUAAUUGACUCUUACAAGCCAUCCUUUGAUGCUUAUUUCACGCACGCUUCCUCACGCACGCGCACGUCCACCAAUGUCUUUUCGCAGCGCGUCGUUCCCCUCAGCCCUGAGGAGCACAAUGCUGCUCUCGCACGAGCUUCCGCGCAUAUUUAUACGCCACAUGUUCCCUUUGAUAGUUCCAGUUUCAAGAGAUGGGCUCGCGAGCUCGACGAAGGCUUCAAUAUAUUGUUCUAUGGACUGGGUUCGAAGCGCGGUAUCCUCAAUGAUUUCGCAAAGCACGUGUCGAGACGUGGACAUGUCGUCGUAGUCAACGCCUUUCACCCUUCGGUGACCGUGCGCGAUAUGCUUGCGUCCAUUGCACGCGUCCCAGGCGUACAAUCCACCUCCACUUCUGCUCCUACCCAAGAGCGCAUAGCAGAGCACUUUGCAAGCUCAGACAGCCCCCAUCUGUUCCUCAUAGUUCAUUCCCUUGACCGCUCUCCAAAACUUGCACGUGCCAUUUCCUCGUUCGCACUCAGCCCCAAUAUCCACAUUGCCGCGUCUAUCGACAGGCUUAACGCGCCACUGCUCUUCAGCGCCUCUCAAGUCGCAGCUAGGAAAGGUUCUUUCUUUUCUUCGGACCGUGCUACAAAAAACGUGGGAUACGGCUGGCUCUGGCACGACCUGACCACUCUUGCACCAUACACCUCCGAACUCGCGUUUGCUGACCGUACCUCCAUUUCUGGUGCCUCAUCAUCCCGUGCACGCGUUGAUAUUACCAACCCUGUCUCUGGCCCGCUGACAGAAACAGCGGCAAUACAUGUCCUCGCAGCAGUGACCGCUAAAGCCAAGAAAUUAUUUUCCUUGCUUGCUGCAAAGCAACUUGAGAAUGCCGAUUCUUCCGACGUCUCAGAGGUCAACUCCGCACUUAGCCCUCAUGACCAGCAGCAUUUUGGCCUGACAUAUGAUGCUCUCUUUACUUUGGCGCGGGACGCGUUCAUUGCCACGAAUGAUACUGCACUCAGAGCUCUGCUCGGCGAAUUCAGGGACCACGGACUUGUGGUUAGCGCAGCACAGCCUGGUACUAGUGGUAGUGAGGUGUUGUGGAUACCUCUGAGGAAGGAGAGGCUGUCAAAGCUAGUUGGGAACCUAGAUGGGGACGCAACAUGAUCGUGCGCCCGUCAUGCUAAUUGUGUAGAACACAUAGUUCUCAUGCUGUCUUUGCGAAGAAUUACUGCCUGCCAGUUACAAGUACGCAAGCACUGUGUAGGGAGGCUGUAAGUAGGACAAAGACAAUAAGGUUUUGUUAUUUCAUGCAAAUAUGGAAGCAAUC